CAAGAUCAAGAUAACUGAAGUAGAUGUCAACAUUGAGUGCUGUGUUGUGGUCGUCUUGUGGUUGUGUACAAGAGCUUGGCCUUAAGCAUGCACCACAGGAAGCAUAUUCAUGCCAAGAUAACAUCCCUACUUCUCAUAUUAGUGUACAUAAUAACAUCAUCCUAUGGAGUACAUAUAUCGGGAGAAUGGCGGACAGAAGACAAUUUUUUCCGCUUUUUAGCAAAAUUUGGUUUCCAAAAGACGUCUCCUGGGGAGCGUGUCCUUACCGAGGGUUAUAUUUUUGGUAACGUGACUGGUGACAACGGAAGCGGUGUGGGUACCCUGGCGCUGCUACCAAGACAAUUUUUUUUGGAUUUAUACAAGUAUAGAAGGAGAGCGGCUUCAGAUCCUAACUUGGCUUGUCGCCUGAUGUUUCAGGAAGUGCAGAAGGAAGCUUAUGAUGCGCAUUGUCAUGACUCUGGCCCUGAGGACUUCUUGCGGCGAGUGCCUUGCCCCAAGAACCAGCUGUGUCCUGAUGAAGACAACCCAACCCAUGUGGUGUCAGGGACCCAGCUGACCUACGCUGUACAAGAUAUCAACAGCCCAAGGUUUUGGUACCUGAGCUUUGUGGCCUGUGUCUGGAACUCAUCCACAUGUAAGUGGCAGAGAUCAAAUCAUAAUGCUUCUCUCCACUACCAACUCACCCUCGUCAAUGGUGACCCCAGUGCAGCUGACCACAACCCUUUUGAGUAUCAAUUCUCCUUUGACAAACAGGACACCGUGGAAAUCUACCUGGUGUGUGUGGUGUUUUAUGGGUGCAUUUUGGUGCCUCUCCAGGUGUAUGCUGCCUGUCGCCAGAUUCAUCCAAUCACUCGCCUCUUCACAGCAGUUUUGGUUGUACAGUUGGCUGGCCUACUAUUUGACACAUUGCACCUGCUGGUGUUUUCAUUUGAUGGUGAGGGUAUUGAGGGUAUUAACAUUGCUGGAGACCUCUUCAACAUCUUAGCCCAGUCAUUGUUCAUGAUGCUGCUUCUGCUCCUGGCAAAGGGUUGGGCCAUCACCCGUAUGAUGCUUACCCGUCGACUCUUGCUGUUUGCCCUGUGGGGCCUCUACUCCAUCCUUAUCCUGACCCUUUACUUCUGGAACAUGACUGAGGUGGAUGUGGUGCAAGACAUCGAUGAAUACCAGACAUGGCCAGGUUGGUUGACACUGGGUCUGCGAGUACUCAUCAUGGUGUGGUUUCUUGGAGAGCUACGCCACACAAUGACGUAUGAGCACAACACAAACAAACUCAACUUCUUCCUGCACUUUGGGGCUGCCACUCUGGUUUGGUUCAUAUAUCUCCCAGUGGUGGCCCUCAUAGCCCUACAGGUGUCUCCUCUAUGGCGGUACAAACUUCUAUUAGGGUUUACUUACUCAGCUGAUUUACUGGCUCACUCUGUCAUGACCUACCUUUUGUGGCCAGACCGCUCAGAGCAAUACCUUUUACUGGCUUAUGAAGCUGACCUCUCUAGUGAGUUGGAAGAGUUCAAUGAGGCACCACAUGUUCUCAACCACCCUAAGGACACCACCUUAUUAACACCACUUUGUGACACAGAGAGCAAUCACUCCACAUUAUUGAAAAUUCAUACCUGAAGCUGUUUGUCAGUGAGUCUGAGGAGUUGUGCUCUAAAGGUUUGUGAUACAAAAUUACUGGUAAUUUGUAAAUAUUUUUUUUGUGUAGUCAAGGUAUUUGUAGAAGAGAGUGCUGUAUAGUGACAUUAUUUUAUGAGAAUCAAAUUAUGAUGAUAAAAGUUGGUGUUGGUUGCCAGUGAUAUAAAGUAACUGUCUUGAGCUGAAGUAAUAUGUAUCAGGAUUCCUUCAGUGGUGUGCUAGCUUUGAAUAUUUACAGAGUAAAGAGGAUUCAGUAGAAUCCUCAAGAUGUAGAGUCCGGAUGGCUAAAAGGUUGUCAAUAGUUUAGAGGUCAUGGUAUUUAUAUAAAAAAAAAAAAAUGAGUGCCAAAAGCAUUGAAAGCAUUUUGAUAUUGUAAAUAUUAUAUAUGUUUUUACUUUUCAAACCUAUAUUUGUGUAAAAAAGUGAAAAGGCAUGUAAAAUUAAUUUAAUAUAACUCUGUUGAUGAUUCUCACUGGACGUUGUGUUAAUGUAAAAAGAAUCAAUACAGUAUAUUAUUCCAUUA